AUGGCUCGACAAUUGCUUCGGAUAGCCAGAGAACCGAAUGACAGAAUGCAGAGGGACGACACAGAUGAUUUUCAGAUUGAAAUAUUCGUAAAUGCGGAUAGGACACCAGAAGCAGGAUUAUUGAGGAUAAAGGUGUUCUCACGAUUCCACAGUGCAAGAAUACAUCAGUUAUGGAUUGCAUACCAAUCUAUUAACGAAGAUGACGAAACGAUUGAUGAGGAAGUCAAACUUGUGCAAGGUCACUACUGUACAUGUGAGUCUGGUGCUCGAACUAUCAAAGCCAAGAGCCCAGAAAUCGAAAAACUAUGGGAAGAAGUUAAGACCAGGUUGACCAAAGUUGCCGAUGACAUCAACAACCAGAUUCCUAACGCUAAAGAACAAGCUGCCACUCUUCAAGCUAAAUUACAAGAUGGCAUCAAAGUCGUAGUUGAGGAAUCUCAAAAGGCCAGCAAAGCUUUCAAUGAGAACUCCGGCAAAGUUCAAGAGGACAUUGCUAAAUUCACCAAGCAAGCUGUCGACCUCGCUGUUCAGACGACACAAAGUCUCAGUGACCAACUUAAGAAGGCAGCAGAUGCACCAAAAUAAUAAAAUAAAAUAAUUCAAAGUAAUUAACAACCUCGAAAAUAUACCAUCAUGAGAGUACUAGAUUUAAGAGAUUUAUUGUAAACUCAAUGCUAUAAGACACGGCUAUUUAACAUGUACAAUGUUAAAUUAAAAGUUAUAAUAGCUUCUCAAAAAAAUAUCACCGCUUAUACCUGCACUUCAUGAAGCUAAAGUUGAAUACCAACUCAACAACAUUUGUUUUAAAACAGAAAAAAUAAAAGAUAUUCUUGUUA